CCAACUCAUUUCCCCGAUAUUUCUUUGGUCCACGCCAGCUACAAUGCACCUUCUCCCACCAUGUUUUCAAAAUAUUCUAGCCGUUAUCUAUUGACAUUAUUAUCUCUCUCAUCUGCAACGGUUGGCUGUCGGAUUGAAGUAGAAAAAGCUUGUCUUUCCUAAUUUCUUCUGACAUUUAAAAAUCUAUUUUACUCUCCUCCAAAUCCCUUUUAAUAUAGUUGUAAAAUCUUGAAUUCCUGAACCAGAUUUUGAAGAUGAAGGGAGUGAAAGUAAGGCUACUGAAGAAAUUGAAGCCAAUCAAAACAAUUGGGUAUUUGAAACCAGAAAGAAUUCUUCAGGUAAAUUCAUUUGAAAGCUAUGUAUGCACUUCACCACCUAAAUCGAAUUCCGUAGCCCCUAAAUCGCUGGUUUCCAUCCAAGAAAAUCUCGAUAAUGUUGAGGAGAAUGAUGGAUUGAAGCAAGAACAAGAUAUCAUUGAUGUCACAGAGCUUAUGAGGGAUCUUGAAGACCAAGAAUUGGAGUUUGAUGACGACAUCAAUGAUAAAGAGAACGUUUAUCCAGGAAAAAAGUCGAAAAUCAAGGAUGAUUUCGAAGAAAAUGAAGAGAUUUCUAUCUUAUCUGAGUCGAAGAAUGAGGUUUUGGAAUCUACAGAAUGUCUAAAAGAUGAUGAAAACCAUGUCCCUUUACCUGAGAUUGAUGUGCCAUCUUUCAGGCGGCCAGAUUUGGACUCAGGAUCCCUUUUUGACCCAAAUCUUCUUGCAGCGUUUGAGCAGGCAGUAAUGGAAGUUAAAGCCCAAGAGGAGGCAGAGAGAAGGGUUCGAAACGAGGAAAUAAAUUGGCAAGAAAUCGACGAAGGCCCCCCUUUAAAAUCAAGAAAAAUCGAGGAAACCGCUGAUCCUCUACUAGAAUUUGAAGACAAGUGUCCACCAGGAGGUAGCGACACAGUUAUUCUCUAUACUACAGGCCUUAGAGGGAUACGAAAGACAUUCAACAACUGUCACAGAAUCCGGUCUCUAUUGGAAAACUUGAUGGUUAUGUUUUACGAGAGGGAUAUGUCGAUGCAUUCAGAGUAUAGGGACGAGUUAUGGAAGAUUUCGGGUGAAAAAUUAGUGCCUCCAAGGCUCUUCAUUAAGGGAAGGUACAUUGGAGGAGCUGCAGAGGUUUUGGGAUUGCAUGAACAAGGAAGGUUAAAGCCACUUCUUGAAGGAAUUCCUAUUGCUAAAUCUGAAGGAACCUGUGAAGUUUGUGCUGGAAUAAGGUUUUUAGUGUGUUUUAACUGCAAUGGAAGUCGAAAAAUUUUCCCUGAAGGGGAUGGUGAGGCAAUGAAUUGCUCAGAAUGCAAUGAGAAUGGAUUGAUCAUAUGUACAUUUUGUUGUUGAGUAUUAAUUCACUGCUUGUCCGAUUAUUGUUCUUCGAUUAUAGAGGAUGUGGGAUUAGACGACGUCCCUCAUUGAUACAGGACGAGGAGCUAGUUUUCCUUCGUUUUUGAGGCCGAGGAGAUUCUUCUGGUUUAUUCUGCAGAGAAGCAGAACUUGGUUUUAGUCAUCUUCUAUUCAGAAACAAUAAUGCAAAGUUUUUAUUUGUUGUUUAAGCUUAA